AUGGCCCCGCAGUUUCCGGCGCCUGGCCUGUCUCGCAGGGAAGUCGUCGAUGGCUCUUUCAGCAACCCGACCUCAACACUACAACGGCGCGACAAGGGCAACUCGAAGCAGAUCCAAAUCAUAGUAAUCGUUCUAGGCAGCGUCGCCCUCGCCAUCCUCUUCAUCAUCAUCCUCCGCCAGUUCUACCAAAGAUACAUCAGUCGCAAGCAUGCCUACCAACAAGCAGGCAACGACGACGACCACCCAAACACCCUCCAAAUCAAUCGCCCCAGCCAAUCCAGCUCCCAAAAUGACCGGUCCACCGAGACCCGCUCGCAAACCACAACCGAGGGCGGCACACCGGGGGUCGAUCGCAACACCUCAGUCCGCAGCGUCAUGACAUUACCCGUGUACCGGUCCAAGGCCAUCGACGGCGAACAGGUGCUCGGGCGGGAGGGCGAGCGGGACGGGAUCGACGUGGUGGUGGAGAUGCGGACGGCGGAGGAGGAGGAAGCGCUGCGGGACGAGGAGAUGGAGGCGCUGUACCAGAUCCGGGCGGCGCGGCGACGACAAAUCGCGGAGCGGGAGGAGCGGCGGCGGCAGCGGCAACAAGCACGCGAGGCGCACGACGUCGUGGCGCUGCGCGACCUGCGCGACCAAACCCGCGGGUCAGCCUCGCGCAACACGUCCGAGAUCGAGGACCUGCGCGGCGAGCACGACCGGAUCCGCGGCACGCGCCAGCGGGCCGUCAGCAGCGUGUCGUACGCCGACGUCGGCAUCGCGCGCGCCGACGGCACCCGCGUGCGCGCCAACAGCACCGAGAGCACCGAGCGCGUCGGCCUGCUCUCGGACACGGCCAGCAUCGCCGCCGACAGCCACAGCCUCUUCCGCCGCCGCGACCGCAGCGCCAGCGCCACCCUCUCCAUCGACACCUCCCUCACCGCCCACGGCCGCCCGGACUCCCCCGCCGCGCUCACCACCGGCGGCAGCAGCGGCGGCGUGUACAGCCUGGCCAGCGCGGGCGGCCGCGCCCGCUCGCGGUCGCGCGCCUCCUCCGCCGCCACCACCCCGCGCAUCCCCACGCCCAGCCCGGGGCGCAGCACCACCCCGCACGCGGGCUCCCCGCCCGAGAUCAUCGAGCCCGAGGACGCCGACAUGGGCGACAUGGCCAUGCCGCCGCCCGGGUACGACGAGGUCAGCCUCGACGACAUCACGCCCAUGCACUCGCGCCGCAACUCGGACGUGUCGCGGCCUGUGAGCCCCUACCCGGAUCCGCCGCCUGAUUAUCCCGGUCCGGGGGAGCGGCGGAAUCAGCGGCUGUCGACGCAUAUGGAGGAUUUGGCGGCGGCGGCGCAGGGUGGUGAGGGGGGGAGGGGAGGGGCGCAGAGGUUGCCGAGUCUGAGGCUGGAUCAGGUGCCGCAGAUUGUGAUUGAGCCGUCGAGUGCGAGGCCUUGA